AUGUCGUCGGACGCGGAGCCUCGCGGCGGCGCCGCCGGCGCCCGGCACAAGUCCGACGACUCGCACCGCCACGGCGGCGCGGCCCCCCAGGAGGCGUCCCACCCGUCGGGAUCCAAGCCGCAGAGCGACCGGGGGCUGCAGAAUCAGAUCCUGGCGUCCCUCCAGAGCAAGAUAAAUGAGCUGGAGGCAGUAGUGGAGGAGGCUGGCGCAGAGGAGCGGGAGGUGGCCAAGAAGCGCAAGAAGCUGGUCAGGGAGGCUCACAAGAUGAUGGCCAGCCGGGAAGCUUCCCAACAGGAGAAGUUGAACUUCAUGCACAACAAGUUCCUUGAGCAGGUCAGCGAGCGAGGUCGCUUGGAGCGUGACCAUGUGACUAUGCAGAAGGAACUCGACAGGGCAUCAAGGGAAAGAGAUGCAGCCCAACAAGAGCUGAAGAAGGUCAAUCUGAUAAGGGACAAAUUGGAAGAGUUGUGCCGCACGCUGCAGAGGGAAAACAAGGCUGUGCUUGAGGAAGUCCGGCUCAGAACGGAGCAUGAAGCGGAGAGCAGGAGGCAGCUGAGUGAGAGGUUCCAGUCCACGCUGAAGGACGUUGGCAUGCAGCUGGAACAGCAGGGCGAGCAGGCUGAGAAGAGUAUUCGGGAAAAUGUGGCACUCAGGGAGAAGUUGCAUGAGUUCACAUCGAUACUGGAGACCAUAAAGCAAGAGCACCAAAAAGAGAUGCAAGCAAAAGAACUGCAGAUACAGUUGCUUGAGGCGGAGCAUGAACAAGCCAAGCUGCAGGUAGAGGAGCAGGGUGCCAUAGCCAAGGCAGAGAAAGAGCGUGGCGACGCACUGGAGAAUGCCAAGAACAUGCUGGCCACCAAUAUGGUGACCUGCUGCGAUCGGUUCGAGGAGAUGAGCAAAGCCUUGGAGAAGCUGAAGGGGAGCUUAGACACCAGUGAAAAGGCAAGGAAACGAUUCAUGAAGGAAAACGAGGAGAUGAAGAAGAAGUGCAACAAGGCUGACCUGACAAUAAUCCAACUUCUGGACGAGAGAACGAAUCUGAAGAAACAGGUGGAGAAAUUCAAUGUGAAGCUCGCUGCUGCUGUGGAUCCUUUUGUCCAUACCAAGCUGAAGGCACAAAAGGAGGGCCUUGAGAACCUUUGUAGGACGCUGCACAAGGAUUUGCAGCUUGCACGGGGGAACAAGGAGGGUGAGGGUGAGGAACUCCAGCUGGCAGGGGACGGUGCACUGGGCGAGGCAGAGGCUGCUGGAGCGCCCGCAGACUUGCCUCUAGAUGGUCCAAAAGAUUGA